AUGGCAGAACUUGCGCUGGGGAUAGUGGGCAUUGUGCCAUUGAUUGGCGGCGCGAUCAAGGCGUACAAAGAAGUCAACCAAAAGCUGAAACUUUUCCGUCACAGCUCGAAGGAAGUUAAGAAGACACAUAAAGUUCUCAGAAUACAGCGUCAGGUAUUUGCCAACGAGUGUCGCCUUUGGCUGGCUUUUGGCAUUGAAGAUGAUGAGACUGCCACUCAGAUGGCAUCUGAUCCCGAACACGACGGCUGGAACGACCCUAGUCUUGAUGCUUCUCUUCGGAAUCGAUUGAAGGAUAACUACGAUAUUUGGCUCGAAGUGAACGCAGGUAUUGUCAAUACUAUUGAUUCUCUCGAUACCAGCCUUGUCAGCUUCAGGGAAUCUAGCGAUGUAGAGACCGGUGCAUUGCAGAAGACUCUCAAAAGAACCGAGGGAGGUGUCAAGGCCGCCUUUACCGCAAGCAAACACGAGAAGCUCAUUGAAAAGCUUCGCGCGUCGAAUAAUGAGUUGAAAGGCUUGCGCGAGCAAAUUGAGGAUAUACACAAAUCGAAGCGUCCUUGCUCAGUACAGAUGAGGGCUUCGCAAAAAGGAGACUGCGAGAGCCUGAUCGGAAUAAGAAGGGCAUCAAAAGCUCUUCACGAAGCCUUGAUGAGUACUUGGAGAUGUGGUCAGCCUGAUCACCUAGGGCAUGCCAUGAAGCUAUUUGUGGAAGCAUACAAAGUGGCCGAUGAAAUAAAAUUGAACCUGGCCAUCCUCUGCUACAAUCGUAUCGGAGAUGUCGCACGUUCAACCCUGGUUCAACUUGAAGUUCGGUCGCAAAACUUGGAGUGGAUCGAGCAGUCGAAUCUGCCUGGACCACUACCGCCCCCGGAUGAUGAUGAAGUGCCACCUCGAAAACGACGGAAAGUCGUGCGAUUUGCAGAGACUACAGUGCAAACGCAUUUCAAGGAGUUCAACAGUGCUACAACUGUCACUUUGGGACAAAAUUUGAAUUGUGGCUCCUGCGACCUCAGGUCGUCCAAAGACACCUGUAAAGAGCUCAUGCGACGUCUCAGCACUGAAUGCUUGGGUCAUAUCGAUGACCACAAGGCCAUCAGUAUGGACGAAGUUCUUGAUGACUCCUCACAGGCUUUCUUUUCUACUGUGGAUCGACUUAAGCUUGCCCGUUGCUUAGUCUCGGCUGUGCUCAAGUUUCAUUCAACGCCGUGGCUAAGCGACUUUUGGAGACUGAGGGACCUGGCUUUCUUCAGAACAGACCAAGAUGAGGAGGUCUCAGAUGCCCUUCGGACUCUGCAUCUGGGUGUGGAGGUUUCUCAGAAACAACUUAACUCGAUGGAAGACGUUCAGAUCUCAUCAGAGUGCUCAAGGUUGUCUCAAGUCUCAGAAGACGAUAGACUAUUCUGCGGCAUCAAUAACCUAAUGCUUCACAGCCUUGGCGUGGCAUUGCUACAGAUUGAUAGGUGGGCUCAAGUUGAGCCAAGCGACAUUCUUAACGUUCGUAAGAUGGCACUGAGGAACUCUUCAUUAGGCCCUCGAUACCAGGAGAUCACACAGAAGUGUCUUCGUUGCGACUUUGGAUAUGGGUCAGACCUCACAAAACCGCGUCUUCAGGAGGCGGUCUAUGAGAAUGUUGUCGGUGCGUUGGAAAAAAUGAUUUCAAGCUUAGACCUCACCGAUGAUUGA